GGAUAGGUGCUGUGGUCCCAUGAAGAAUAUCCUUAUUCGGACAUGUAGUUAACCGGCUCACUAGUUAUAAAUUGGCAUCACAAAAAGGCUCCCAAGAGAACUACAACUGUAUGGAAGAUUUAGCUACAAAAAACGAAUGUAAGGGAGUAAAUCGACAGUCCAAAGCAGACGGAUCACCUUCUCCUGCUGCUUGCAGUGUUGACUCAUGCUGCGGAUCCUACCUAAAAAGUAUCAACCUCUGGAUAACUAAGGACUACAAGAAUGAAACAGUUCAGAUUUUAAAACUGGCAGGACCUGUGGUCAUUUCACAGUUGAUGAGCUUCCUGAUCGGCUUUGUCAGCAUGGUCUUCUGCGGUCACCUGGGGAAAACGGAGCUGGCUGGGGUGGCAUUAGCAAUAGCGGUAAUAAAUGUCACAGGCAUUUCCAUUGGCUUUGGUUUGGCAUCAGCAUGUGAUACUCUCAUAUCUCAGACUUAUGGGAGUGGUAACCUAAAGCGUGUAGGGUUGAUACUCCAACGGGGAGUUUUGAUCCUGCUCUUAGCCUGUUUCCCCUGCUGGGCCAUCCUCAUUAACACUCAGCCCAUCUUGCUGGCUGUCAGGCAGAGCGCAGAAGUCGCCAGACUCUCCCAGCUGUAUGUGAAAAUCUUUAUGCCGGCUCUACCAGCUGCCUUCAUGUACCAGCUGCAGGGGAGGUAUCUUCAGAAUCAGGGAAUCAUGUGGCCACAGGUGAUAUCCGGAGCCAUGGGGAAUAUUUUUAAUGCAAUACUCAACUACGUCUUCCUUAAUCUUCUAGACCUGGGGGUUGCUGGAUCUGCAGCUGCAAAUGCUAUCUCACAGUAUUCCUUGGCUGUGUUCUUGUUUGUGUGCAUCUGCGCCAGGGGGCUGCACAAAGCUACAUGGGACGGUUGGUCAGGAAACUGUCUGCAGGAGUGGGGUCCCUUCCUCCGCUUGGCCAUCCCCAGCAUGCUGAUGCACUGUCUGGAGUGGUGGCUGUAUGAGAUCGCAGGGUUCCUGGCAGGCAUCAUCAGUGAGGUUGAGUUAGGAGCUCAGUCUAUAGUUUAUGAACUGGCUUCUAUCGCUUACAUGUUUCCAAUGGGUUUCUCGGUCGCUGCCAGUGUUCGGGUUGGAAAUGCUCUCGGUGCUGGGAACACAGGGCAAGCCAAACUGUCCAGCAAGGUCUCCCUCAUCUGUGCAUCUGUUGUCUCAUGUUUCAUUGGAGCCUGUCUUGGUGUGUCUAAGGAUGUGAUCGGUUACAUUUUCACUACAGAGAAAGACACUAUUGAAAGGGUGGCUGAUAUCAUGCAGAUUUAUGGUUUCAUCCAUGUUGCUGAGGCCUUUGCGGGUGUAACAGGAGGUAUUGUCAGGGGAGCAGGGAAGCAAAUGAUUGGUGCUGUGUGUAGCUUGGUGGGUUUCUACUUCAUUGGGUUCCCCAUUGGAGUGUCUUUGAUGUUCCCUGUCAAAAUGGGCAUAGUAGGGCUGUGGUCAGGGUUUUUAAUUUCUGUUUUGAUACAGUCCACAUUAUUUAUAGUUUUCCUAUGCAAACUAAACUGGAAGAAAGCAACUGAGAGGGCGCUGGUAAGAGCAGGAGUCCAAAUUUCCGAUAGGAACAAGAUCUUUGGCAUAGAAAAUAAGGCCCUGGACUCUGGUGAGAAACAGACCCACCUACAGACCAGCCGAUCCAGUUCCUUGAGUCCAGUAGAGGGGAAGCUGGAAGCGCUCGCUGAAGGUCAGAGGACUUCACAUGACGUGGCUCUUUCAGUCAGGCAACUGGUGGUACGACGUGGCCUCACUGUGCUCUUCAUGUUCAUCAUUCUCGCUGCUGGAGUCUUCAUCAGUGAGCUGCUCAUCAGACUGCUCCAAUUAGAUGAGUGACCAUUGUUAGACCACAUACGUGCAGCAGAAAACAAAGCUCUGCUUUUGAGAGAACGGAUCUUUGUGUUUAGCAGUAAAGCAUUUAAAGGGGUAAAAAUACUAAGUGGGAAGAAUGCAGGGACACAACGAACAGUCAAAAGCACGAUUUUACCACAGUGCGUCGCUUAAAUUUG